UCACACCAACUGACUGGUUCUUCUGAUGUUCACACAGGUUACCAUGUUGAGACAUUCUCUACAUCCAGAGAGCAACCUCAGGAAGAUCAGAGAGAUAAGAGGUCUCAUCACUGCCCACAUUGUGAAGAGAUUUUCCCAUUUCUAUCAAAGCUAAAAAUACAUCUAAAAAUACACACAGGAGAGAAGCCUUACUCCUGCUCUGACUGUUUAAAAUGCUUCAAAACAUCAACUCAUCUAAAAGUUCAUCAGAAGACUCACACAGGAGAGAAGCCUUAUUACUGCUCUGACUGUGGAAAACGUUUUAAAACAUCAACUCAGCUAAAAGUUCAUCAGAAGACUCACACAGGAGAGAAGCCGUAUUACUGCUCUGACUGUGGAACUAGUUUCUCUAAUCUGGGCACCUUAAAAACACACCAACGUAUACACACAGGAGAGAAGCCCUACUCCUGCUCUGACUGUGGAGCGAGUUUCUCUAAUCUGGGCACCUUAAAAACACACCAACGUAUACACACGGGAGAUAAGCCUUACGUCUGCUCUGACUGUGGAAAAUGCUUCAAAACAUCAACUGAGCUAAAAGUUCAUCGGAGGACACACACAGGAGAGAAGCCGUAUUACUGCUCUGACUGUGGAACUAGUUUCUCUCAACUUUCCCACUUAAAUUCACAUGAACGUAUACAUACAGGAGAGAAGCCUUACUCCUGCUCUGACUGUGUCAAAUAUUUCAAAACAUCAAAUGAGCUAAAAGUUCAUCAGAGAACACACACAGGAGAGAAGCCUUACGUCUGCUCUGACUGUGGAAAAUGCUUCAAAACAUCAACUGAGCUAAAAGUUCAUCGGAGAACACACACAGGAGAGAAGCCGUAUUACUGCUCUGACUGUGGAACUAGUUUCUCUCAACUUUCCCACUUAAAUUCACAUGAACGUAUACAUACAGGAGAGAAGCCUUACUCCUGCUCUGACUGUGUCAAAUAUUUCAAAACAUCAAUUGAGCUAAAAGUUCAUCAGAGAACACACACAGGAGAGAAGCCUUUCUUCUGCCCUGACUGUGGUACUAGUUUCUCUCAACUUUCAAACUUAAAUUCACAUGAACGUAUACAUACAGGAGAGAAGCCUUACUCCUGCUCUGACUGUGUAAAAUAUUUCAAAACAUCAUCUGAGCUAAAAGUUCAUCAGAGAACACACACAGGAGAGAAGCCUUACGUUUGCUCUGACUGUAUAAUUUGCUUCAAAACAUCAACUGAGUUAAAAGUUCAUCAGAGAACACACACAGGAGAGAAGCCUUAUUCUUGCUCAUACUGUGGAAAAUGUUUAAAAACAUCAAAUGAGCUAAAAGUUCAUCAGAGAACACACACAGGAGAGAAGCCUUACGUCUGCUCUGACUGUGGAAAAUGCUUCACAACAUCAACUCAUCUAAAAGUUCAUCAGAGAUCACAUACAGGAGAGAGGCCUUAUUACUGUUCUGACUGUGGAAAAUGUUUUAAAACAUCAAAUGAGCUUAAAGUUCAUCAGAGAACACACACAGGAGAGAAGCCUUUCUUCUGCCCUGACUGUGUAAAAUGUUUUAAAACAUCAACUCAUCUAAAAGUUCAUCAGAGAACACACACAGGAGAGAGGCCUUACUCCUGCUCUGACUGUGUAAAAUAUUUCAAAACAUCAACUGAUCUAAAAAUUCAUCAGAGAACACAUACAGGAGAAAAGCCUUACUCCUGUUCUGACUGUGGGGCAAGUUUCUCUCGACUGGAUACCUUAAAAAGACAUCAACAUAUUCAUGAAGGAGAGAAGCCAUACUCCUGCUCUGACUGUGUAAAAUGCUUCAAAACAGCAACUGAGCUAAAAGUUCAUCAGAGAACACACACAUGAGAGAAGCCUGCUUACGUCUCCUCUGACAUUCUGGUGAGUUUCUCUCACCAUAGCAACUUAACACACCAAUGUAUACACACAGGGGAGAAACCUUACUCAUGCUCUGUGGAGGGGUGGGAGUGUAAGUCAAACGUCUGGCCAAAGGCUGCGUGUUUGAAUCUCAUCAAGGAUGACUUUAGCAUUUUAGCUAAUUAGCAACUUUGCAACUACUUACUACUUUUUAGCUAUGUUAGCAUGUUAGCUAACCUUUCCCCUAAACCAAUUUAACUCUACCUUAAACUCCUCACCCCUAACCUAGCUAAUGUUAGCAACAACAAAUUGGCAUUCGUAACAUUUCAUACAUAUUACAAGUUCGGAAACAUAUUGUAUGAAUAGCAAUGCGUAAAAUAACAUACAAAUUGUAAUUCGUAACAUUUGAUACGUCCUACAAGUCGUAUUAUACUGAACAACAAU